GCUUCGGCGGGCCCUGUCCGACGUCAACACCACGCAGGCAGGCGUCCUGGCACAGGCCGCCAGCUCCAUCAACGCCCGCGGGGCACCGCGGGCUGGCGUGGAGGCUAGCAAGCUAUCGCUGCGCCUCGGGGUGCGCAAGGCCAAGGUCAGGGGCAAAGGCAAGUACCAGAGCAUCGGGCCCAAGUGCAGGAUCCAG